AAAGCGUGAUCACGUGAUUGAGAGCCUAAGCGUCUAGUUUCCCUCUGCUGAGGUGGACCAGGAAGAGAAGCGCGGAUACUGGUGGCACUGAUAUUAUCCGUGACAGGAGGGAGGUAGAUAUUCUUCGCAAUGACUAACGUUUAUUCGCUGGAUGGUCUCCUGGUGUUUGCACUUCUGUUUGUGUGUACAUGCGCUUACUUCAGGAAGGUGCCACGUCUGCGCAGUUGGCUGCUUUCAGAGAAGAAGGGAGUAUGGGGAGUCUUCUAUAAAGCUGCAGUCAUUGGUUCUCGUUUACACUUGGCUGUCUCUAUUUCCUGCAUUGCUAUGGCCUUUUAUGUGCUCUUCAUCAAGUGACAACUUUAUCAAAUGCUCUGCAGUCUCUCAACCUACAAGGGAACUGGGAACCAUGAUCACCCUACCUAGAGACAAAAAGGAGUGGGAAUUUGUUGUUUCCCAGGGAUUAUAAAAGACAAGGCCUGGACAUUACCUGUAUUGUUGAGGGGAUAGUAUGGACUGGAAUGACACAUUCCCCAAAAGGGACAUAUUUGUCUAUACUCAACUGUAAUUUGUUCCUCUCAUAGCAUUUGAUAUGCAUUUUAUGGAUCAGGGGACGUUUAAAUUAUUGGCUAAGUGUUUACUUUUUGGGGGUGGGGGCUUUGAAAGUUGUAACUCUUACUACAACAUGCACCCUUAGAUGUGAUCUCUUCUCUCAAAUAUUUCUGUUUAUGGAAAACGCUUAAACAUACAGAUAAAUAUUGUUAUAAUCUUUAAAUAUCAAGAAACUGUCAGUCAGUAAAUUAUCUAAUGGCGGCAAUAUUUAACGUUGGAAGCCCUGUUUAAUGUUACAAGGUGAACUUUUUAGUCUGAGAAAACAUGCCUAAGAGCAGUCAUGUAUUUAGAUGGCCUAAGAACCUAUACAAUAUCAAAAUGUAAUGGUUUAGGGAAUCACACAUUAAACUUAUUUACGGUUGGAGAAAACAUUUUGGGUCAUGAUUAAAAUUUUUACAUGAGGC